AUGUUAAAAUUGUCGACUCUAUCUAUCAUCACUACAUUAAUUCUCAUCACAUUAUGUCUCUUCUCCUAUGAAACUGAAGCAAGACUACAUCAUCACAAAGAUAAAGACAAUCUCAACCCAAAAGUGGAGCCACCGUGUCAGCCUCCUUCUCUCUCUCCAAACCCUAACGACCCGUCACAAUCUCCAUCUCCGUCCUACCACGAAGUAGUCUUCAACGUCAGGAACUAUGGUGCGGUCGGUGACGGUGUCACAGACGACACUGACUCGUUCAAGAAAGCUUGGGAUUCAGCUUGUAGCAACGAUAUCGACAACAAUAACAACACCGUCUCCAUCUUGCUUGUGCCUUACGGUUUCACUUUCAUGAUCCACUCCACAAUUUUCACUGGUCCUUGUCGCUCUUACCAAUACUUCCAAGUUGAUGGGACCAUCGUGCCACGGGAUGGACCAAAGUCGUGGCCGAGCGGUUUCAACAAAAGACAAUGGCUCGUCUUUUAUAGAGUCAACGGAAUAGCUCUAAAAGGUGUCGGAGUUAUCGAUGGUCGUGGACAAACUUGGUGGGAUCUUCCCUGCAAACCUCAUCGGAAUGUCAACAAAACUGCACUUGCUGGUCCUUGCGAAAGCCCCGCCGCUUUGAGGUUCUUCAUGAGCUCGAAUGUGAUUGUGGAAAGUCUGAGUAUAAAAAACAGCCCACAGGUUCACCUCAAAUUCGACGGAUGCAAUGUAGUUCACAUCAACACCCUUCGAAUCAUAUCUCCGUCGUCUAGUCCCAACACUGACGGCAUCCACAUUGAGAACUCCAACUCCAUUGAGAUUUACAACUCCGUUAUCUCCAAUGGAGAUGAUUGUGUCUCAAUAGGAACCGGAUCAUACGAUAUCGAUAUACGAAACCUCACUUGUGGACCUGGCGGGCAUGGAAUUAGCAUUGGAAGUUUGGGCGACAAAAACUCACGUGCGUGCGUCUCCAACGUUACGGUUAGAGACUCGGUGAUAAAAUUUUCCGACAAUGGAGUACGGAUCAAGACAUGGCAAGGUGGAUCCGGGUCAGUUUCGGGUGUAACGUUUGACAAUAUCCAUAUGGAUGCUGUCCGAAAUCCGAUAAUCAUUGAUCAAUACUAUUGCACGGCCAAAAGUUGUGCUAACAAGACAUCCGCGGUUUUUGUGAAUGAUAUAGCAUAUCAAAGUAUAAAAGGCACGUACGAUAUUCGUAGUCCCCCUAUGCAUUUUGGAUGUAGCAACAAUGUCCCGUGCACAAACUUAACGCUUUCGGAUAUCGAAUUGUUACCUUCAAAUGGAGAGACCGAUGUGGAUCCGUUCUGUUGGAAUGCGUAUGGUAUCACGGAUGAGUUCUCUAAACCUUCAAUCUCCUGUCUUAAAUCGAAUCCGUCGACGUCGUUGUUAGGUGGUCUUUCAGGGAAGUGUGGAUCAUCGUGA